CCUACUGGUAUCAACACUAUAAAGCUAGGUACAAAUCAUGCAUAUUGCAACAGAAGCACCAGGGGGUUACCUUUGCAUUAUAUUAUUUUUGUUGCUCUUUUGCAACGGUACUACGUGCAGUGGUGUUGAUGGAGACAGUUUUGUGGAACAGUGGCCAAAGGAAUGCCGCUGUUAUAGCACGCCCCCAUCCAACCACACAGUUGAUUGCUCAGGGAGGUCCAUCAGAUCCAUACCCCUGGGGAUUCCACGUAAUACAACAGUCUUAGACCUACGAAACAUCGGUCUUUCUGAAAUACCGCCAUAUACAUUAAGUCAUCUGGAGAAUCUAAACACACUUUACCUUGGAGGAAAUGACAUAACAGCGUUCAACGAGAACAGUUUUGCGGGUUUAAAGGCAUUGGGAUAUUUGAAUCUGUUUCCUAUUCAUCCAGGUAUGAAUAUCGACUAUAAUGCCUUCCCUCCAACUUUGUUCCGUGAAUUAACCUCGUUGAAAACCCUUCAUAUUGGUGGAAUGGGUUCGGGUAAACAUGUUCAACAAGAUUACAUAGAUCGCACAAUAGCGCCAUUACACAAGUUGGAGGAGUUGUUUUUAUCUUAUUUGCCUCAUGGAAAUGUAUCAUUUGGUCCUGGAUAUAGUAACCUAUCGUCUCUGAAGACGCUGGUUUUCAAAAUGCAUUCAAGUGCUGUGACACAGUUGCAAAAAAAUGCUUUCUUGUGGUUAAAAAACUGCUCAAUCGAAAAACUUGCUUUUAUUGGCUAUGACAUUAACCGUGCAGAACCAGAUAUGUUAUCUAUUUUUCCACGUUUAAAAGAAUUAUAUCUGGAGUGUAGUUCUUUUCUGUCGUCGCAGAAUGAAGAAGAUUUUAUUUGCGGCUUAGAGAACAACACAUCAAUUGAAACUAUUCGCACAAAAAAUGUUUUCCUAAGUUCUUCCUCACAAUGGAGGAUAUCAGGGACAGCAUUCAAAUGCUUAGAAAAUACGUCAUUGAAAGCACUAGAAUUGAUUCACAACACCAUAGAAGAAUUUGACCUGUAUAACUUGUAUUAUUUUCCGAAUUUGGAGUAUCUAGAUCUGUCGAAUAAUCUUAUUGUCUCUUUCCCAUUAAAUGGAAAGGAAAUGUCUGGAAAUUUCUUUGGCUAUUUUAUGCAUUUUUCAGCACUGGUAGGGAACUUGAAGUACAUGAGGAUCGACAAUAACUUGAGAAACAAAGAUACGGCCUAUAAACAAUGUGACUUAACGCCUUCUUUUUGGAAAGGCCACCCGUCAUUCAAACUUAAAAAAUACGUUCCAAGCUUGUUAAAUGUAAAAGACGUGCCAUCACCAAUUUUUCGAUUUUCUCUUCCUAUUAAUAUUGAAUUCCUUUCGAUUAGUUGGUGGCCAAUUUUGGACAAUAAACUUUCUGUUUCGUGCGUCUUUAAAGGGAACUUAUAUUUUUAUCCAAAUAAUCUUCGCUUUUUUAGGAUGGAAGGCAUUGGUAUCCGUUAUAUCCAUUAUGUGUUUUAUGGAUUGGACACUUUGGAGCAUCUCGAUGUUUCCCAUAAUAUCCUCAACUGUCUUCCAAGAGAUUUUUUCAAUGGUCACUUUCCAUCGUUGAGGUCCCUAAAUCUUGGUGACAACAAACUAGGACCUUUAAUAAGUGAGGGUGGGAUACUUCCAGUAAAACUCCCAAGCUUAGAGUUUUUGGAUUUAUCACUGAAUGAGAUCAGGACCAUCCCUAAGAACUUUUUUGAACACCUUGUCUCCCUUCAACGGCUGGUGCUGCACGGCAAUUACCUGAAUACGGUGUCGUUCAGUAUGGUUAAUUUCGUGUCUGUGGAAUACAUAGAUCUGAGCAACAACAAACUACAGUCGUUUUCAUCAGAAGAGAUGGAAAAUAUUGAGAAACUAAAUUCUAGCUUAAGUAUUCAUUUGAAUAUGACGAACAAUCGUCUGGACUGCACCCUUUGCGAUGGGGAGGAAUUUCUUCAAUGGCUUAUUUUUGCAAAUAUGACAGUUACAUUUUCCAACGACUCCGAUUGCCCCAUGAAUGGUUCAAAAACAGGUCUGCGGAAUACACUAAAUGAACUUCGUGAGAAAUGUGGUAUUGGCUAUCAGAUAAAAAGUCCAAAUCAGUGGCUGUCUCUCGGGAUCUCCCUUUCUAGUAUCCUUGGUGUGACAUGCGGUUUAGUAGCAGCGUACAUAUAUCGCUGGAAUAUCAAAUAUCGACUAUAUCUACUUCGACGCCGGUUACGUAGACAAGGCUUCAUUGCAACCCCGCCUGGUCACGUGUACAUUUCAUACGAUGAUGGUGAUGACCAGUGGGUAGUGAAUGAACUUUUACGUCAUUUAGAAGAGGAGAACGAGCUUGAUGUCAUUAUAGAUCAGAGGGAUUUCAUUGGUGGAGCAUCUCUGGCUGAAGCUAUCGUCGAAGCUGUGGAUAACAGCAGGAAGACAGUUCUCGUUCUAUCAGAAAACUCCGUGCUUAACUCGUGGUGUGAAUUUGAGUUUGAAAUGUCAUUGGCUCGCGGCUACAAUUCAGUGAUACCAGUCAUGUUUCAAACGGUUCCGUUUGAUGCCAUGACGAAAUCACUUCGAAAAUUCAUCAAAGCAAGAGGCUAUGUAAAAUGGUCUGGCUCUCAAACUGGACAGCGUAUGUUUUGGAGACGUCUCAUGGAUGAUAUUCUUGACGUAAAUAAUCAACUUGUGCAUGGUGGUGAAGGUGACGACACUGAAAUGCUGUAA